AUGGCUGGACAGGUGUGUUGGACCGUCAUGAUACAGGCCAUGCAAGCCAAGAAGACCAUCCGCCCCCAGCGCGACCGCCUCCUGCAGCUCCGGCGCCAGAUGGAGCAGCUCAGCCCCGGCGACGACGACGACCACAAAUCCAGGAACAUGGAGCUCGCCAGCGGCCUCUUCAACGUCUGCUACAGCGGCCUCGGGAUCGCCUCCCGCAUGCUCGCCAGCUGCAUGGAGCUGGCGGCCAAGGACGGUGCCCGCCUCGCCAUCAACCGCGCCUUCGCCGCCAUGCCCGACGAGCAGCUCCACGACGCGCUCGUCGCGCAGCGGCUCCCCGCGCGCCCCACCACCCAGACCGAGGCCUUCUCCCGCGUCGAGGCGGCCUUCAACGCCGUCAAGGUCACCGAGGAGCACCACAUCCCGCUCUGCAUCCAGCACCUCGUCGGGCAACGCCCUGUCCACAUGGUCCACGGCAAGAACGGGCUCGAGAACCCGGCCCCGGUCCCCGACACGCCCGUGGACCUGGACAAGGCGCGCGACUACCUCGACCGCGCGUGCACCCUCGCCGACCUCGCCGUCAAGCACAUCGACCUCGCCGUCGUCGUCCUCUCCAGCUUCAUGGACCCCAAGGUGGUCGCCAACCUCUGCGAGGUCACCGACAAGCGCGCAUCCAUCUUACAGGGUGGACCUUAUCCAGCAGACUGA